AUGUCUGACCAGUCCGCCGCCUGGCCUCUCGCCGACGCUGCCCUCAGCCAGGAAAUCCUGGACCUGGUGCAACAGUGCUCCCACUACCGCCAGCUGAAGAAGGGUGCCAACGAGGCCACCAAGACUCUCAACCGUGGUGUGUCCGAGGUCAUCGUCCUGGCCGCCGACACCACCCCUCUCGCUAUCCUGCUUCACCUGCCCCUUCUGUGCGAGGACAAGAACGUUCCUUACGUCUACGUUCCCUCCAAGAUGGCUCUUGGCCGUGCUUGCGGUGUCUCCCGCGCCGUCAUCGCCGCCUCCAUCACCACCAACGAGGCUUCCGACCUCAUGGGCCAGAUCCGCACCCUCAAGGACAAGGUCGAGAGACUGAUGAUCUAA